AUGUCCAUCAAGGAGAUCUAUGCGGACGUCACCAUCAUUGGAGACAAGGCACCGACAUCGCUGCCCGUCGGCCGUGCAGACGCCCUCAAUGCACGCAGCCAGCAGACGCUCGAGGUCGUUGGCGUGCUGGACAAGCUGGAGCCCAAGGGCCUGAAGUGCAACACGAGCUCUACCUUCUCGGACGGCAACUUUGUGUCGCGGCAGAAUGACUGGUGGGUGUCGCUGAAGAACACGGCGCGGCCCAACUUCCUCAUGAUCGGCCAGGCCGACGUAGAGGCCGCCAUGCACUCGAUGCUCGACAUCACCUGCCACCACGGCCAUGAGGCCCUCAACAUCGAGGAAGUGACCAUCGACGGCGAGGACUAUGUGCGCACCACCUUCGCCGACAAGGUCAUCGUCAGCCGCUACGCUGUCGGUGCGGAUGGUGCCAAGUCCCUCGUCCGCAACACCCUCAACAUCCCCUUUGAGGGCGACAAGCCCAACAUGGUGUGGCACGUCCUCGACACCUUCAUCGACACCGACUUCCCUGUGUGCCCGGAGAUCAUCACCUUCCAAGUUGCUGGUCAGGCCCGUAUUUCGUGGAUCCCAAGAGAGCGCGGCAUGGCCCGCUUCUACACCCUCCUCGAAGACAACUCCGCCGCCGACCAACCCCGCAUCGAAGCCGAGAUCCGCAAGUUCCUCGCGCCGUAUCGCGUCGACUUCCAGCGCACGGAAUGGUUUUCCAUCUUCGAGGUGAAGGAGCGCGUCGCGCGGACCUACUUCUCGCCCAAGCGGCGCAUCGCGCUGGCCGGCGACGCCGCGCACAUCCACUCCGUCAACGGCGGGCAAGGGCUCAACACCGGGCAGGCCGACGCGUUCGCGCUCGCGUGGAGGCUGUUGCUCGCGCUUCAGGGCCACGCGACGGAGGCGCUGUGGCAGAGCUACGAGGACGAGAGGCGCGCGUGCGCGGUCGGCGUCAUCGACGUGGCGGCGAAGCUGGUGCGCAGCACGGUCAAGACGGCGAAGGAGUAUGUCGGCAUGAUCGAGAAGAACGCGGGCUACAUCACCGGCAUGGGCGUCGCGUACCCGGAGGGCGUGACGCCGCUGGUCGCCGGGACGGCGCAGGGGAUCUUCGUGCCGGGCCACCGCGCGCCGGAUGUGUUCCUGCACGAGGAGGGCGAGGAGCCGCAGCGGCUCUACAGCGCGCGCAAGUACGGCAAGUUCCUGGUGCUGUCGCUGCGGGGUAGAUCGUGGGCGCCGCCGAAGGACGCCAAGUGGGCGGGCUUCGUUGACACGUGGGAUGUUUCUGGUGCGCCGGAGAAGGCGCCGGAAGCGGACAGGGCGUAUGCGUGCAUCUCGAACGUGCCGGACAAGACGUCGGUCGAGGCGGGCGAGGCGGCGUUUGUGGUCAUCAGGCCCGACAUGUAUACGGGAUACGUCGGCGAGGAUGUGCGUGGGUACCUCGGUAAGGUUUUUGCCUGA